GAAAUAUAUAAGGCGACAAUGGCGGGUUCAAGUGGCUGGUUCACAUGUGUUAUGUUACUUUUAACAUUCCUUUCCCUUGUUUCAUCAAAACCUCUCUUAUUGGGUACCUACUUUUUUCUUUUCUUAGUUUUGAUUCAUUUCAGACGUUAGUUGCCUUUUUCUUCAAUCGCAUUAUGUGCAUCAUUAAUGACUAUUUCAUUCAUAUUAUUCUUGUCAACAAAAAAUAAAUAUCUGGAUUACACUACCUCAUUUCUCUGAUCGUGAGGACGUGACUGAGCAGUGAUGCCACCAUUUGGAGAUGGAAUUUUGGUUUAUUUUUUGGCUUAACAAUUGUAAAUGGAUGAUCAAAACAACAAGAUCAAUAACUUGCAUUUCAAAGAUGUACCAAUGGUCAUGGUUUACUCUCCCAAUCAAGAGGAAGGAUCCUUUGUUGAGUUUGAAAAUGAGAGCCUAGUGAGUCCCGAGUCACUUUCUAUAAAGAAACAAUCUUUUCAUGAUCCUGUUUGUAGAUCUUUGUCUUCUUGCGGUUCAGAGAAUUGUUCUACUACAUACAUGGUCAUGGGGAAUAGUGUGGCUGAAAGCAUCAAAAUUGUGGUCUUUUCUGCCAAAAUCAACUUACUAAUACCCUUUGGUCCUUUGGCAAUUGUGGUUGAUAAAUUUUCAGGCCAUAAUGGAUGGGUUUUUAUCUUAAGCUUAUUAGGCAUAAUACCUCUGGCUGAGCGUUUGGGGUAUACUACAGAACAACUCGCUUGCUAUACAGGACCUACAGUUGGAGGGCUCCUAAAUGCUACUUUUGGAAAUGCAACUGAGUUGAUAAUUUGUGUUUAUGCCUUGAGGAAUGGCAUGAUUCGUGUUGUUCAACAGUCUUUGUUGGGUUCAAUUUUGUCAAAUAUGUUGCUAGUGCUUGGAUGUGCUUUUUUUGCCGGAGGACUUGUAAAUUCUAAGAGGGAACAAGUCUUUAAUAAGGGAGCAGCAACAAUGAGCUCUGGCUUGCUAUUGAUGGCAGUCAUGGGCCUGUUGUUCCCGGCUGUCCUCCAUUCUACACACACAGAAUUACAUUUUGGGAGAUCUGAGUUGUCCCUAUCAAGAUUUACUAGCUGCAUUAUGCUUGUGGCAUAUGCUGGUUAUCUUGUUUUUCAGUUGAAAAGCCAGAGUAAUUUAUAUCAUUCAGUUAAUGAGGGAAAUGGAGAAAUAGAUGUGCCUUUGGAUGAUAAUGAAGAGGCUCCUGAGAUCUCUAAGUGGGAAUCAAUAAUUUGGUUAUCUAUUUUGACUAUUUGGAUUUCUAUCAUCUCAGAAUAUUUGGUGGAUGCCAUUGAGGGAGCCUCUCUUAAAAUGCACAUCCCAGUGGCAUUUAUUAGUGUCAUUCUUCUACCAAUUGUUGGGAAUGCAGCCGAGCAUGCAGGCGCAGUUAUGUUUGCCAUGAAAGACAAGCUGGAUAUAUCUUUGGGAGUUGCUAUAGGCUCAUCUACCCAGAUAGCAAUGUUUGGGAUUCCAUUUUGUGUGGUUGUAGGGUGGAUAAUGGGACGUCCAAUGGACUUAAAUUUUCAACUUUUUGAGACAGCCACACUUUUUAUUACUGUUCUUGUUGUAGCCUUCAUGGUGCAGGAGGGAACAUCAAAUUACUUUAAAGGACUAAUGCUUGUUCUUUGCUAUGUUAUUGUUGCUGCAAGUUUUUUUGUACAUAUAGACCCUUCUGCAAUUGCGGAUAAGUACCUAAAACCUAGUAGUUGAAUUGGAUUAUUGGCGAGUUUCCUUGAUUGAAGGCAGUGACAGAUCCAGAAUUUUUACUUUGUGUGUCUUGUUUAUUAUUAAAAAUAUUUGUGCAUACUCAUCCUGCAUACUACAGUCUUUUAGUUUAACAAAAGUCUAAUACUGUCAUGUUGCAAUCUUUUGGUUCAACCAAAUCCUAGAGAAUGCUUAUUUAUGAAGAUAGAUCUUAUGAAGUAUUAUAACUUUUACCCAUCCAUGUUUGAAUUUCAACAUGGUACGUACCUAUGAUAUAUGGUGUUCUUCAAAGAAAUGUUUUGACCGCAAGACCGAUGAAUGCUACUCCAACAAAGAUUCUUGUUAGAUGUAGGAUUACUGUUUCAUGUCAACAGUAGUGAUAAAAAGAUGUGAUUUUUUGUGUGGAGAUUUUUCAAUAUUUUCUUCUUUCCUUUUUUUUGGACAUAAUAUAUGACUUGUAUUUGUAUAUUUUUUUUUUGAUAAAAUAUCAACUUCAUUGAAUUAAA